AUGGAUGCCAAGAACAAUGUUGCAGUUGCCCUGUUUCUCUCGGUUACUCUCCUCUUCUUUAUCCUGGUCAGUGCAUGUGACACUAGCCCGAGCCCUGUUAUACCAAAGCCACUUCCUACUCCCACCAUACCAGCUCCUCGUACUCCCAUCUCAACUCCAGCGUAUUACAACAAAAAAUGCCCACAAGAUGCGCUUAAAUUAGGAGUAUGUGCGAAUGUGCUUAACUUGGUUGAUGUUGUGGUAGGAUCUCCUCCAACGCUUCCAUGUUGCAGUCUCAUCCAAGGCCUUGUUGAUCUCGAGGCCGCCCUCUGUCUCUGCACUGCCAUUAGGGCCAACAUUUUGGGUAUUGACCUAAAUGUUCCUGUGGCACUAAGCUUGGUUCUCAAUAAUUGUGGAAGGGAAGUUCCAAACGGUUUCGAGUGUUACUAA